ACACGAAUUCAUGAAGGGGGGAAGAAAAUGCUCGAAAUCACACAUGCCCAUCAAAAUCAGAAAAUGGCCCAGCUGGACCGAGAUUUGUGGAUUCAAGAAAAAGAAAAGAAAAAUUGAAAAUACAAUGGAAACAGCCAUGGUGUUUGUCUGUCUGUCUUCAAUAGAGAGAGAGAGACCUCAAUUCCAAGAAUGCACACAGAAAAAAGAAACGACAUAGAAAACAGGAAAGCUCUAAAGAACCUUCCCAACCCCCCCAUCCACCCUAGUCCUCACUCGCCACCACCCCCCCUUCCUUAUCUCCCCUAUCUUUUCUUUAUUUUCUCUCCUUCUACGCCUCUCCUUUCCAUCUUAUCUUUAUUUUUCCCCCUUUCUUUCUUUCUUUCUCUCUCUAUUUCUCUGAUAAUCUUUCUUGAUUGAGUUGCGAUCCGAUGAUGAUGUCUAAGAAGAUGAAAAGGGUAUCCGAAGAAUCAUCGAGUUAUGGUGGGUCUGAGGACGCCAAGACCCGGAUGAAGCACCAGGCUCUCUUCCAGGACUUUCAAGAACUGGAAAAGGAAACCAAUGGCUUUAGAGAGAAAUUGGAGGACUUCAAAAAGCGGAAGCUGAUAUUACAGGCUGAAGUUCGAUUCUUACGAAGGAGGCGUUCAUACCUUUUGCAAGUGAAGUCUAUGGACAGCCCGGAAGAGAACAAGCUAGAAACACAUUUGAAAACCGGGCCAAAGAGCACGAGGCCCAACAAGAAAGAUACGGGCCCGUGCAAACUACCCGCACCUCGCCCAAAACCAACGCCAGGAGUAGUCACAGGGAGAAAGGAAACUACUCCUCCAAGUGCGAAGCAGCAUAAAUGGCAGAAAAAUAGCAGUGGUGGGAAGGAACCAGUUCUUGCUGGUUCAAGUUCAGCUCCCGAGUCUAUUGAUUUAAACCAUAACGACAGAUUGUUGUACGGCGGGAACAGUGCUGGCCCUCGGGUCCCACUUUUUGAUUUAAACAAGGAGAGCAGUCUCAGCUGGAAAGACGUCUCGCCUCCUUCCCGGGUCCCCUUUGACUUGAACGAGAUAUCGACGGAGGAAGAACCUCAACCCAGGUGGAACUUUGAACCAGCAAGUGUAGCCGAGGAGAGCGCAAGGAGUUUGAUGAGAGGUGGGGGUGGGAACGAAGAGCAGCAGGGCGGGGAUUUGAGGAUAUCACUGUGUAGAAAUGCAGCAGGGGGAGAGGGCACGUCUCGCGCGAGGAAGCCGAAAAUAUCAUGGCAAGAUCCUGUUGCCCUUAGGGUUUGAUCAUCUCCCUCUCCACAGGACAAAAAAAAAAGAAAAAGAUGUCUUUUUUUUUCUAUAUAUAAAUAACUAUAUAUAGCACAGUAUGUUGUAGUAGUGUGUUCUUUGCUUUUUUUCUCUUCAGGAAAUGAUAGUUUGGAAGAUAUAGUUAAGUUGUAUAUGUAUGUGUAUUCAUGGGGGUUUGGCAUAUGCAAAAUCUUGAUCAUUGGGCAAGCACAAAAUGACCCCUAUCCUGUGUAUAUUAUUAAUACAGUAGCAUUUUCAAA